AUGUUCCUCUUCUCCCGCAAGACCAAGACCCCCAUCAGCACCUACAGUGACUCCUACAGGGCUCCUACCUCUAUCAAGGAGGUCUAUAAAGACCCACCUCUGUGGGCCUGGGAAGCCAACAAGUUUGUGACACCGGGCCUGACUCAGACCAUGCAGCGCCACGUGGAUCCUGAAGCCCUGCAGAAGAUGGUCAAAUGUGCCGUGCAGGACUACAGCUAUAAGGGUUCUAUAUCAGGCCACCCCUACUUUCCUGAGAAAUACUGGCUCUGUCAAGAGGAAGACAAAUGGACCCCAUACUACCUAUGUGGUGACCGGUAUAACACAUGGAGGAUGGGACCUUACAACUGCACCGGCUGGAACAAAUAUACCACAUGCCUUCCCCGGCUACCUAAGGAGGCCGGAAUGGAGACAGCUGUUCGAGAAAUGCCUUUACAGUGCCCUCCUAAGCCAGAACGACUCAACGCCUACGAGCGCGAGGUGGUGGUGAACAUGUUGAACUCGCUGUCACGGAACCAGCCGCUGCCGCAGAUCACGCGCCGAUGCGGGUGCGUGGAUCCUCUGCCCGGCCGCCUGCCCUUCCAGGGUUAUGAAAGCCCUUGCUCUGGCCGCCACUACUGUCUGCGCGGAAUGGACUAUUACGUCUCCGGCGCACCCUGCGCAGAACGCCGCUUCCGGCCUUUGUGCACAGAAGAGCCGACUGUAAGGAGUGUAUCGCCCUACGAGCACCGGCCCGGAAUGCAAUGUGCUGUUAUAACUCCCCCGCCGUCAUACUACCCUUGUCCGAACCUUAGAUGGGACACAAGUCACUUCAAGAAGACCGGUGGCCCCCAGAGAAACAGCUAUGUCAUCCACCCUGAGUUUGUGUCUGAAAUCUAUCCUGACUGCUACUGCUGGUAG